AUGUCCGUCGCUAACCGCGUUGUCUCGUCCAUCACCGCGCUCGGCAGACAUCUGGCUAAGCUCAUCGCCGUCGUUCUUCCCUCCAUAAGGCGCAAGCGCAAGAAUGCCGCGAAAUCAAUCCCACCUAAACUGAUCAUCUUCGACUUCGACGGGACUCUCAUGAACACUAUGGACGCCAUCAAGGAAACCUGGGCCCACGCCUUGAAAACCCUCCUCCCAAACUUCGACCCCUCCACCACCGAGAAGGAGCUCGAGCGCCUGAUAUCCUCCGGUGCCGCAGCCCGCGUUACGUUCGACACCCUCUGGCCAGCUGAACACCGUGACAGUCUAAACAUUGAUUAUUGCAUCAGGGUCUUUCGUGAGCUAUACAUAGAGCACGGACUACCCCUCCAGAAGGCCUUUCCUUGCGCCAAGGAGGUUCUUCUGGCCAUUGCGUCUCGCGAAAUCCCAAUGGCAAUCGUGAGCAACAAGGGCGUCGAGAUGAUCAAGACAUCACUGAAACAGCACGGUUUGGACGGUAUCAUCCCGGACGAGUACAUCAUCGGCGAUCCGCUCUACGGCGAGAACAGGAAGCCGCAUCCGGCCUCCUAUACGGACAUCCUUGCGCCGAGGUUUCGCGCUAAGACUGGUGAGGACCUCCUGGCGGCGGAGGGCGAUGUUAUCAUGGUUGGCGAUACCAUCUCUGAUAUCAAGUUUGCGAGGAACAUUGGGGCCAAGGUGUGUUGGUGCUCGUUUGGGGACGGAAACAAGGAGGAGUGCACAGGGCUGCAGCCGGAUUUCACCAUUGCCACACUGGCAGAUCUGACUGAAGUGAUUAAUGGGCUUUGA